AGCGAGCUAAAUGCGACCACAGGAAGCCCGUGCAUCUUUAGCGCAUUUCAUGGAAGUGUUCCGCCUCUGUCAAAUUUCCGCCCCACACCAACAACCAGCCGAGCCAGCCUUGGACUGUCAACUUCCUGAUUGAAUGCGCUGGGGAAAAGCCCAUCAGUCUGUAACCCCCGAUCACCGGGCUCACGAACCACCGCACUAGAUUUCCUGAUAUUUGGGCUUGUUCUCUCACGAAACCCGCCGCCAUGUCAAGCUCGCAAGGAACCCUCAGCGCCGUCACAGACGAGCGCAAAGCGCGCCUGGCGAAGCUCAAGAACCUGAAGAGAAAACAACCAACAGACGAGGUCGUCCCCCCCGAGUCAGAACGCGCAGCCUCACCCCCAGCAGAGCCAGAUGUCUCAAGAUUGCACCUAUCCGGCCGAAACUAUGACCCCGAAGCACGAGGACCCAAACUUGGUUUUGAGGCGCCUCCGACACAAAAUUUGGAACAGCCCACCCUCGAGGAGCUUGCAGCAGAUAUCGAGGCCGACGUCAGGAAAAAGGCAGCCGAGGACUCGCAAGACGACAAGGGCAUCGACCUGUUUAAGCUCCAACCGAAAAAGCCGAACUGGGACUUGAAAAGGGAUUUGGAGAAGAAGCUAGAGAUCCUCAACGUGCGGACGGACAAUGCAAUCGCGAAGCUUGUGAGGGAGCGCAUUACGGGGGCGCAGAAUGCAGCGACACAGGCCAAGCAGGUCGACUCAGGGAGCAGAGAGGGCGACGCGGCUGGGAUGGAUGGCAUCGCGCUAGUCGAAGGCGUCCGCGUCCGCGAGAGGGAGGAAGAAGAGGACGAAAGACGACAGAAGGAAGAGGAUGACGAUCUGGCUGUUUAGAGGCGACAGGAUCAUGUAUGGACGGUAAA